CAAAGGGACGUGCAGGUUAACUAGCAGGGUGGUGGGGAUGUCAGUCUGUCUGCCCGUGCCUGAGGAACCCCACCCGCCCCGCCUUGCUUCCUUUCCUUGUCUCCCCAGCGAUCAUUCCUCCUCCUCCUCCUCCUCCUCCUCCUCCAACUAUCUACUCUCUACACUCUACCCGACACUAACCCCUCCUUCGUGGGUCCUUAUCUCUUCCCCGCAGCCACUUAUCUCUCUGCCCCUCCGAACAUCGGCUGGCUCAUCGAUCGUCAUCGUCCAUUUUGGUCCUAUUAGGCUACUACUCAUAGCGUGGGGAUAUCUUCGGUGGCUGGGACCGGGUUCGUCAUCAAUACAAAGGCCCCUGAGUGGCACGCAAACCCCCACCCCCCCCUUCCAGGCAACAUAAUCAUCACAACCGAGCAUCAUGCACGCAAUCACCGCUGGCUGGCUGGCUGGCACGAGAGAAAGGAAAACAGAAAGGAGUAUGGAACAAGAAGGGGAAGAAGAAGAAGAAGAAGAAGAAGAAGAGAAGG